AUGCGUACUAAGAGUGGUCGUGUAAUCAUUCCGAACAAUGAAUCCAUCCAGAGAGACCUCCAGGAAUUGUUGGCUAACCUUGCACCUGUAUCUUCAGACUCAGCUAACCGAUACUCAGAUAGUCAGGGAGACAUGGCAAACAACAGUGAGGAGGAAGUGAAUAACCCACCUCGUCAUCUCCUUCGUGAUUUGGCUCAACCAAUAAUCGGGCCAGUGACUCCAUGCAUCCAGCUGGGGCCAGCAGCUCGGAACUACGAGCUAAAAACAAUCCACUACAACCAGCUGCCAUCUUUCCAUGGUCUACCCAACAAGGACCCACUCCAUUUCAUUCGGGAGUUCUAUAAUGUCCUCCAGACCUUCCCACUCCACAACUUAAAAGAGGACCAGCUGAAGAUGAUGUGUUUCCCAAAGAUACUCAAAGACCGGGCCAAGGCUUGGUUUAUGACACUUGCUCCCGACUCCCUGACCACUUGGGAGCGAGUGUACACCAAGUUUAUUGGGAAAUACUACUCUCACCAAAAGACGCAGGAGUUGCGUCGAGGAAAGAGGGCCGGGGUCCACGAAGUAUCUUCUGGGCGAGACAUGAUGGCCCAUCAGAUAGCCGAACUCACGGAGCAGAUGCGACUACUGAAUGCAAGGGGAGGCCAACCAAUGCAGACUAUGACCGUUGAAGCAUGUGGCUCCUGUGAAGUCCAAGGACACAGAUCAGAGGUAUGCCCCUCGGUAUUCGAUCAAGACUUUGCCUCCUCGACAGAACUUCAUGCAACAGCAACCCCGUCUCACUUUCAUCCCCCAACAACAGAUGAGACCGAAUUAUCCUCAAAGCAACAGCAACAGCAACAACAGAGGGGCCCAAUGGGAGGAAUGCAAGCACAAGGGGCUGAACCCAGUUCAGCAAAUCAAAACGACAAGCUGGACAAGAUUCUCCCGUUUAUGGCUAACAGUGAGCAAAGGGGCGUGAACACCGAUGCCUCUAUCCAACGCCUAGGAACACAGUUGGGCCAGCUUGCUACAAGAGUUGGGAAUAUAGAGGCCGACUCAGAUAAAGGGAAGUUGUCCAUCCAGCCUAAGGAAGCCAAAGCAAUCACAGUUCUGAGAAGUGGGAUGGAGGUAGACAAUCACGUGGAAAUGCCUAAACUUGAUGAACCAAAGCCGACCGACCAGCCCGUGGAAACAUACGAGGGUGUGGAGAAGAGCACAGUGACCAAUUCGAGGAAGCAGAAAGAUGGCUCGAAGUUGCACAAGUCAUCAAACCCCUUCAAACCAAGCAUACGUUUCCCAAGCCGACUUCGAGAAGAGAAGCAGGAGCAGCAAUUUCGGGACCUCUACAACAUGCUCUCAAAAGUCAACGUCAACCUACCUCUCUUAGACGUGAUCAAGAAUAGGCCUUCCUACGUGAAGUUUUUCAAAGACUUAGUGACCAAGAAGAGAAAAUUCGGAGAUGGAGAGAAAGUUGUCUUCUACGAGGCAGCAAGUGCUAUGCAGCAUGAUCUUCCGAAGAAGGAACGAGAUCCCAGGGGAUUCGUGAUUCAAAUAGCCCUCGGAAACGGAAAGAAGCUUCGAGGAUACCGUUCUAUCAGAUACUCUAAAGGGGUAGUGGAAGAUGUCCUUGUUCGUGUUGGGAAACUUAUCGUCCCGGUGGACUUCGUAGUUCUAGACGUGGGAGACGUGCAGGAGAACAGAAAAGAUCACACAAUCCUUCUCGACAGACCGUUUAUGGCUACCACCAACACCCUAAUUGAUGUCAAGAACGGGACAUUGAAUAUGACGGUCCUGGGCAAGUCAGUAUCCAUCUCUGUUCGAGAAGCUAUAUCCUCCUCCUCAGUGCACUUCAUGGAGGAGUGCGCCUUUGUUGAUGUAACCAACCCACUUGUUGCCGACGAGCACCACACGCCGACUCAACCCACAUCAGAGCUUAAGGAACUACCCCGUCAUCUCAUGUAUGUCUUCCUUGACGACGAGAAGCAAAAGCCGGUCAUCAUCUUUGCCGAGCUUAACCGGGACGAGGAGAAUGAGCUAAUUGAGAUCAUCUUAGAAAAAGGUGCCAAGCCAUUUCGGGAUAGCCAGCGGCGGCUCAACUCGAAUAUGAUGGAAGUGGUGAAGAAGGAGGUGCUCAAGCUCUAUUCAGAAGGGCUCAUUUAUCUAGUGGGAGACAGCGAAUGGUUCAGCCCGAUCCAUGUGGUGCCAAAGAAAGGAGGCAUCACGGUCAUCGAGAAUGAGAAGAAGGAGAUGGUCCCUACCCGAAUCACUACCGGGUGGAGAAUGUGUAUAGACUAUCGGCGCCUCAAUGCCGUGACAAAGAAGGAUCACUUCCCGUUGCUCUUCAUCGAUCAGAUUCUCGACCGUCUCUCGGGCCAUUAG